GCGCGGGCUUCUCUUCUUUUUAUCUUCUUUUCCUUUUCCACCUAAAAUUUGGAAACGAACCAAAAUUGAUGUCAGGAAUAGCCUAUGAAUUGUGAGUUAAAAUAGAAGUGCGCAGUUAGAAAUUUUAGAUCAACACCACCUCUAAUCAGGUUUUAGCAUUCAACAGAAUUCCUAGCCCUGGAAGGAAUAGGUUGAGAUAGAAGUAAUUAACACCGCCACAAACUCUGCUAUAAAAACCCACCAAUACAAGCUUUAUUGAUUCAUCAUCAGCUUUUAUCGAUUGCGUACUCUAAAUCUUCUGUUCAAGGCAAGAACAUCCAGACCAACCUGCACCUGCUUUUGAUUUAUCUAACAGGCAUGGAGAAUAGCAAAGGGUCUUCACGUAGAGGCCUAAAGAUUUUCUGUGGCGUAACAGCGAUUUUCUUGAUCAUUGUAGCUGUAGUUUUCGUAUCUUUAGCAUUUACUAUCUUCAAGCCCAAAGACCCUCAGGUCUUCCUGCAUCCUUCGGGUCUCGAAAACCUGCAGCUCGCCAAUAUUACAUCUAAUGUGACAAUGGACAUGGUCAUUACCAUUGGCAAUCCCAAUUAUGGUAGCUUCAAGUUCAGGAACUCAACGGGUUAUGUUAAUUAUCGUGGGGAUGUCGUCGGGGAAAUUCCUGUUGCGGAAGAUUUAGUGCCUGCACGUUCUAAGACUAACAUCACAACUUCUGCAGAUUUAAUGGCGGGUAAGAUAAUGACAAAUCCUGAAUUUUUUGGGGACUUUUUGCUUGGGAACUUGAACAUGACCGCAACUGCAGUUUUACAUGGGAAAGUGAGCGUGUUAAAGAUCUUUAAUUUGCAUGCUACUACCUUUACUACGUGUUAUAUUUCUGUGUUUGUAAACUCCAGAGAUAUUCAGUCCACUUGCAAGUCUAAGAUCAAGCUUUAA